UUUUCUCAUAAAUUUUUGAAGUUAAAUUAAAAAUUCGACAUCAUGGGGUCGUUAAUUAACAUCCCCUUGAUUUAAUAUCCACCCACAUUUUUUGUCGUCCCCAAAAAAAUAAUCUGACCCGGAAAACCCGACCCGGCUUUCCUUUUCGUUGUUAUCAUAACAAUAAAUCAAAACAGAACAAAUAAUUUUGAUGCAAAAAAAAACAAAAUUCGAGAAGAAAGCCAAAAAGAAAAAGAAGAGAGAAUGCUCUCAGUCUCAGCCUCUCCUCACCACCACUAACCCCAGAAGAAUCCUCACAGACAGAGAGAGAGAGAGAGAAUCAGAAUGGGUUUGAUAUCAGCGAAAGAGACGAAGAACAACACUAGAGGAAUGGGUUUGCUCUUAGUCUUCUUCCCCGACCACCACAACAACAACGACGACUCUCCUUCUUCUUCUUCUUCUUCUCCGGCAACAACAACUCUCUUCCGCUCCAGAUCUUCUCGUCUUCUCCUCUCCAAAGCUCAAUCCACAAUCUCAAUCUGCAUCCUCCUCCUCUUCCUCACUCUCUUCCUCUUCACUCUCUCCACCUUCGAACCUUCCUCUGGCUUUCCCGCCGUUUCUUCUUCUCGUCCUCACCGUCGAUUUCUCCUCAACCGCGACAUCUCCGCCUCUUCUGAAUCUCGUCGUCGUUAUAACCGAUUCGCUCUCCAAGGUAUGGGUACUCUGUUUCUCAGAGGAACCAAGAGCAUGCACGAUUUGAUUGUUGUUCAUAUCUCUUCCGAUACUACGGAAGACGAUCUCCGUCUCUUCAUGCGCUUGAUCCACCGCUCCGGUGUCACUUCCAAAUCCGACGUCGUUUUACUCUUCAAUUCGGGUACGAGAUUCACUGAAAUGAUCGAAGAAGAGAACGACUCGUUCUUAAAACUCGUUGAUGUUCAUCGGAAUUCGUCGAAUCAAAUCGACUCCGUUUGGGGAUUUAAUCUCACGAAAUUCAUGAAGAAGCAAUCGAAAUCAUCAUCGUCUGAGCCAAUUUGGGGGAAGAAGACGCAUCGAGCUAAUUACAACGAUACGUCGUCGUUGAAUAACUCGACCGAGUCAACCGAGUUGUUGACACAUGGCUCAGUAGUGGGUUUCGACGUGACUGAGUUGGAUCCUGAAAACUCGCUAUCCGGGUUUAUGGAUCACGUUCCGAUAAGUUUGAGAAGAUGGGCGUGUUACCCAAUGCUGCUAGGUCGAGUAAGACGCAAUUUCAAACACGUUAUGCUCGUGGACGCUAAAACCUCCUUGUUCCUCGGUGACCCGCUAACCCGGAUUCGUAACCGGAGCCUUGAGUCAGUCCUCUUCUUCUCUAAACACAGUAGUAGUAGCAAGAAAAGCUCCGAGGUUAAUCCGGCGAUUCUGAUCGGUGGAGCUAAAGGAAUCAGGAGGUUAUCGAGCUCGAUGCACACUGAGAUCGUGAGAGCGACGAUUCAGCAGCAGCAUAAGAAGAAGAACUCGGUUACGGAAUCGGUGGUGUUGAGCCAACUCGUUGGGAAUGUUCACAUGACGAAGAAUUUUGAAGUGGUUACGAGUGAGUCGGUGGUACCGGAAGCGAGUUCACUGGCUGAGUUAAGGACGAGAAACUCGGCGGCUUCGUCGAUAAAGAAUCAUGAUAUAAUACAAAGAGGUGGUGGUAAUAGUAAUAGUAAUCAUAUUAUUGAUAUUAUGGCGAUUAUUAUGAAACGUAUUUGUUCUUGUGAAUUAGAUUCUUCUGUUUAUAAUUACUGUUAGCAUUAUUUUAAAAGAGUUUACGAAACAAAAAAAAUAGGGAAAAUUUUAAUUUAUUUGUUUGAAAGUUUUGUACACAUUUGACAUUUGUUAUGUUCUUUAGAUUUUUGAUUUUUCACAGAUGUUUUUAUUAGUGUGUCCACGUUCUGUAUUCAUUAUUGAUUUGGUCUCCUUCGAAAUAAUCAUUUGAUAAAAUCAGCAAAAUACCAUUAUUUUUUGGAUUUUAUAUAGAAAUUGUCGGUAAUGGACCGUUUUUUGUA